AUGGAGUGCCACUUGCUAGUGCUAGUUCAUGGAUUAUGGGGAAAUAAGAAGCAUUUCGACUACAUCAACCAAGAGAUUGAUAAUCUCGAUCUCUCUGAAAAGAGUGACGAGAAACUCGUUGUUUAUAGGACACAUGGUAAUGAAGGAUACAAAACAAUUGAUGGCAUUGAUGUUUGUGGUCUUCGGGUUGCUCAUGAAAUCAUGGAUCAAAUAAAGACAUUGAAUAAAGAGGGCCACCAUGUUACAAAAUUUUCUAUAGUUGGAUAUUCUCUUGGUGGAUUGAUAUCGAGGUAUGCUAUUGGGAUCUUAUAUCAUCAAAAUUAUUUCCAGUCCAUAAAGCCUGUUAAUUUUAUCACUUUUUGCACACCUCAUGUUGGAGUAUUAACACCUGGUUCUAAUAUUAGUGUCAAAAUUUUCAAUAAUUUAGUUCCUAAUUUAUUAUCACUCUCUGGGAAACAAAUGUUUUUAAAAGACUCAUCAGGUUUAAAUCAAAAUCCCUUGUUGUCGUUAAUGGCCUCUCCAACAUCUGUGUUCUACAAGGCUUUAGAAUCGUUCAAAUAUAGAAGCUUGUAUGCAAAUGCAAUAAAUGAUAAGAGAACGUCAUGGUGGACGGCUGGUAUUUCCAUCGUGGAUCCUUUCAUAAACAUUGAUGAAAACUCAAGCUUGAAUGAUUUGAAUUACAACUUCAUCAAAAGUUAUGAGCCUAUUAUUUUGGACUCUUUGGCAAAUAUCGUCAUAUCCAAUAGAAAGAUUAGUAUCAUGGGUGAUGAUGAGAAAGAAGAAGUUGAUGAAGUUGUUCUUGUUUCUAAUUUUUGGGAAAGAAAAUGGAGGUGGGUAGUUGUUGCAUUUAAUCUGUUGUUUUUUGCUCCAUUAUGGGUUCUUUGGUUCAUACUAUCAGGAAUAAUGGAAUCUUUUAAAUCUCAUAGGCGUAUUAAUACAACAUUGCGUGAGAAUUCAGGUUUUUUCGCAUCAUUGACCGAAUUCAUAAGCGAUGAGCCUAUUAACCUGAUUGAUAGUGAUGAAGAUGAAGAAGAUGAUGAAUAUGAUUUCACUACACCUGCAGAAUCCAUUCGUUCUGUUGAUUUUGAUCACAACAACUUUGAGAAAUCCUUACAUGAUCAGGCUGAUACUUUAAUGGAAAGUUUGUGGGAUGCAAUGACAUCUAAAGAUGAACUGGAGUCUGCUAAAUAUGCCAAAUAUGAUAUUAAACAUCAUACACCGGUAACAAUCGAGGAAGAUGAUGGGGAUUAUGGAAGAAUUGAAGAUGAAGGAUUCAAGGCAACUAUUAGUGAAUUGUCGUUUUUUGAAAAAGAUUCAGAGUAUUACAAAUCAGAAGUAUUAUCACCAUUCAUUCUAAAUUUGACAAAUGAACAAUUAGAAAUAAUCAAAAACUUGAACAACUUAACAUGGAACAAAUUCCCAUUAUUGAUCAGACACACAAAAAGCACCCAUUCAGCAGCUAUUGUACGUGAUUAUAAGGAUGCCACAUUAUAUGAAGGGAAAGUGGUGAUUAAGCAUUGGCUAGAUAAUGUAUUCCAACUUGAUUAA